GGACCCCCGGACUCUCAACAUCCGCCCCCGGAGGGCCUGAGACGCAAGCAGGGGAGGGGGCACCGCCCAGUCCCUAGUUCCGAGUCCUGACCCCCUGCCCGCGGCAGCACCAUGCGCGCCGAGCCGGCGUGACCGGCUCCGCCCGCAGCCUCCCCGCAGCCUAGUCCAGCGCUCUCCCCGGCCACACCGAGCGGCGCUCGGGAGCUAUGAGCCAUGAAGCCGCCAGGCAGCAGCUCCCGGCGGCCGCCCGUGGCGGGUUGCAGCCAUCCGCGAGCCUUCAGCGACCCCCGCGGCGGCCCCGCCGGCCCGGCGCCUGCCCGCACCCUGGCCCGCGCGCCUCCCUGCCGCCUGCUCCUCGUCCUUCUCCUGCUGCCUCCUCUCUCCGCCUCGUCCUGGCCCCGCGCCCGGGGGGCUGCUGCACCCAGCGCUCCGCAUUGGAAUGAAACUGCAGAAAAAAAAUUGGGAGUCCUGGCAGAAGAAGACAACACAUUGCAACAGAAUAGCAGCAGUAAUACCAGUUACAGCAAUGCGAUGCAGAAAGAAAUCACACUGCCUUCAAGACUCGUAUAUUACAUCAACCAAGACUCUGAAAGCUCUUACCAUGUUCUUGACACAAAGGCAAGGCACCAGCAAAAACAUAACAAGGCUGUCCAUCUGGCCCAGGCAAGCUUCCAGAUUGAAGCUUUUGGCUCCAGAUUUAUUCUUGACCUCACACUGAACAAUGAUUUGCUGUCUUCGGAUUAUGUGGAGAUUCACUAUGAAAACGGGAAGCCACAGUACUCUAAGGGCGGAGAGCACUGUUACUACCACGGACGCAUCCGAGGUGUCAAGGACUCCAGGGUGGCUCUGUCGACCUGCAACGGACUUCAUGGAAUGUUUGAAGACAAUACCUUCAUGUACAUGAUCGAACCAAUGGAGCUGGUUCAUGAUGAGAAAAGCACAGGUCGACCACAUAUAAUCCAGAAAGCCUUGGCAGGACAAUAUUCUAAACAAAUGAAGAAUCUCAGUACGGAAAGCAGUCACGAGUGGCCCUUCCUAUCUGAGUUACAGUGGUUGAAAAGGAGAAGGAAGAGAGCAGUGAAUCCAUCUCGUGGUGUGUUUGAAGAAAUGAAAUAUUUGGAACUUAUGAUUGUUAAUGAUCACAAAAUGUACAAGAAGUAUCGCUCUUCUCACGCACAUACCAACAACUUUGCAAAAUCUGUGGUCAACCUCGUGGACUCUAUUUACAAGGAACAGCUCAAUACCAGGGUUGUCCUGGUGGCUGUAGAGACCUGGACUGAGAAGGAUCACAUCGACAUCACCACCAACCCUGUGCAGAUGCUUCAUGAAUUCUCCAAAUACCGGCAGCGUAUCAAGCAACAUGCUGAUGCUGUGCAUCUCAUCUCGCGCGUGACAUUCCACUAUAAGAGAAGCAGUCUGAGUUACUUUGGAGGUGUCUGCUCUCGCACAAGGGGAGUUGGUGUGAAUGAGUAUGGUCUUCCAAUGGCAGUGGCACAAGUAUUAUCGCAGAGCCUGGCUCAAAACCUUGGAAUCCAAUGGGAACCUUCUAGCAGAAAGCCAAAAUGUGACUGCACAGAGUCCUGGGGUGGCUGCAUAAUGGAAGAAACAGGGGUUUCCCAUUCCCGAAAGUUCUCCAAGUGCAGCAUUUUGGAGUAUAGAGACUUCUUACAGAGAGGGGGUGGAGCCUGUCUUUUCAAUAGGCCAACAAAGCUAUUUGAGCCCACAGAGUGUGGCAAUGGAUAUGUAGAAGCUGGGGAGGAGUGUGACUGUGGUUUCCAUGUGGAAUGCUAUGGAGUGUGCUGUAAGAAAUGCUCUCUCUCCAAUGGGGCCCACUGCAGCGACGGUCCCUGCUGCAACAACACCUCAUGUCUGUUUCAGCCAAGAGGAUAUGAAUGUCGGGAUGCUGUGAAUGGGUGUGACAUCACCGAGUACUGUACUGGGGACUCCGGCCAGUGCCCACCAAACCUUCAUAAGCAAGAUGGAUACGCAUGCAAUCAAAAUCAGGGCCGCUGCUACAGUGGGGAGUGCAAGACCCGGGACAACCAGUGUCAGUACAUCUGGGGAACGAAGGCUUCAGGGUCUGACAAGUUCUGUUACGAGAAGCUGAACACAGAAGGCACGGAGAAGGGGAACUGUGGGAAGGACGGAGACCGAUGGAUCCAGUGCAGCAAACAUGAUGUGUUCUGUGGAUUUUUACUCUGCACCAAUCUCACACGAGCUCCACGUAUUGGCCAACUUCAGGGAGAGAUCAUCCCCACUUCCUUCUAUCAUCAGGGCCGGGUCAUUGACUGCAGUGGUGCUCACGUGGUUUUAGAUGAUGAUACAGACGUGGGCUAUGUGGAAGACGGAACGCCGUGCGGCCCGUCCAUGAUGUGUUUAGAUCGGAAGUGCCUACAGAUUCAGGCCCUAAAUAUGAGUAGCUGCCCACUCGAUUCCAAGGGUAAAGUCUGUUCAGGCCAUGGGGUGUGUAGUAACGAAGCCACUUGCAUCUGUGAUUUCACCUGGGCAGGAACGGACUGCAGUAUCCGGGAUCCAGUCAGGAACCUUCACCCCUCCAAGGAUGAAGGACCCAAGGGUCCUAGUGCCACCAAUCUCAUAAUAGGCUCCAUCGCUGGUGCCAUCCUGGUAGCAGCUAUUGUCCUUGGGGGCACAGGAUGGGGAUUUAAAAAUGUCAAGAAGAGGAGGUUCGAUCCUACUCAGCAAGGCCCCAUCUGAAUCAGCUGUGCUGGGUGAACAACAGUGCCUCGCACUGUUGGAUUCUGGGUAUGACAUACUUUCAAUGACAUUGCCAGAACUCUUAAGCCUGUAAACAAGAACAUUGGGUGGUCAUGACUACAGAACUCAAGUUGGGGUGACAAGGAUGAGGUAAAAGAAAACUGUCCUUUUUUGGAAAUCAUUUCAAAGAACUCCUCCCACCACCUGUCAAUAAAAGGGAGACAAAAGACAAUGUUAUAAAAAGAACUAUUUGAGGAUUUCUUUUCCCAACUAAAGGUCUGAAGAAGGAACAACAAAAAUUAAGUGCAAUAAAAAGAACCAUUAAAAAUAACAAAUGAUUUUUUUUUCCUUCCUCAGCCUGCCGGCACUUAGUAUCUUAUAAAUGAUCUGGCAUGAUUUUUUCUUUUCCUACCAAUGACACACUCCAGUGGCAUGAAGAUCUCAUUCUGGAAAGGGUAAAAUCUGCAUGGCAUAUCUACAACAAGCAGCUAGCAAGCCAAUCCGCAGCAAAACUUGCACCUGAAUUCCUAAGGUGGAGAUGACAGAGGAACAUGAGGAAGUGGCCUGGCCCCCUCCCCCUAGUCUAAACCAGACCGUGAACUCCAGAGACCCCUGCUCUUGUGAUUCACCUUCCCAUUGUCUUUUCUCCUGGGCUGAGCAGCCUUUGGAAGUGGGAGUCGGAGUUUGAGCGUUGAUGCUAUUGUAUAGUUCUUUUAUAAAUGUAAAUAUGGAAAAAGAUUUUGACAUAUCAACGUUCACUUGUCUGUAUUGAAAUAUUUUCCUUGUAAAGGUUCUCUGUAAAUUUGAGUCUGUUGUUUGCUCCCCAUCUUUUUGGUUCCUUUUCUCUGUAUAGACGUCUCUGUCCUUCUCUCUUGUAACAUGUUGUACAGUGACUGUUGGGCUCUCUUAAAAAAGACAGGUGUAGUCACCGAUGCAGGGAGUUUGGGCACAAACCGGGUGCGAUUUAGGAAUGAAAUGCUCGAAUGGCAUGAAAUGCUUUGAAACCAAAAAUAAACAGAAGGUGGGGGGACACAAAACAAACAACCCAUAUUAAAAACACAAAAAUUAUGUAAGUGGAAGUAUAUGUACGGAUAAGUCUCUAAAAGUUUUUGAUGUCAUUAUAAACCUAUGUAUAUAAUGUAAGAAAGUAGACACCCUCUCAAAUUAAUCACAAAAGUGCCAAGCUCACAAUUUUAGUUUUUGGUUCUGACAAUUUUUCCCCCUGUCUUUAAUGUGAAAGGAGGAUAAACUUAAAGCCUUAAAUUUAAAAAAAAUUCAAUGUUGAAAGCUUGGGAAAAAGUUAAGCUUUCCAUCUUAUUCAUCUCUAUUACUGUCAAUAUUUCUUUCAUGCUUCAUCAUACUGCCUUGAAAUACAUAUGGUAGAAGCCCACUGUCAAACCGGACAUGGAGGCAGACAGCACUGACCUUCUGGUGAGUGCCGUUGGAACGCCCACGGGGCGCUGCUGAUCUGUGCAUCGCUGCGCCGGGUUACAGCGGGGUUCGACCACACACACCUUCCCCUCUUCCUUCCAGGCAGAUUUGCAGGUGUAAUCUGGGUUCCUGAGUCCCUCUGAGUUUAGGUCACUUUCACUGAGGUUUCUUCUUCCAUAAAUAGGGUCAUCAUCGCUUCUAGUCAAGUUAGUAAAGAAAUUUGGCCCCGGCUUUGUUUUAAAUGUAAAACUUGUCUCUGAUCCCUUCAGUGAGUGUCCUUCUAGACAUGAGCUCUCCUGAAAGACCCCCAAGCACCCAUAGUUCUCUAAUGUCCUCUUUUUAAGAACAGGACAUCAAUUAUACUGUUCACUUCGUGACAGCCAAGUCAGAUAGCUUUCAAUCCCUUUUCAGCAGGAUUCAUGACACUAGUCUCACCACUUUGGCUUUGACUUCGGAAAGGAUUAUGGCCUAAAAAUGUACUGCUUGAAACAGUGUGGGUUUUUUUCCCCCAUGUAUUUUCAAUUGUGGAAGUAUCACAGUUAUAGAGCAAGAAACCUUGAUUUCUGUAUGCUACAAUAGACCAUAAGCUAACAUCUUAAUCCUGUUGUUGCUUCCUGAGUACUAGGUGCUACACCAGUAUGCAGCCUUUCUCUAGAAAUAGCUACAUGUUUAUAUUGCAAUAACAGGGUUCUCUGCAAGGUGUACCAGCCUUACUCUUGGCUUCACCAGACACAGGUUGUAUGUCCCCCCUCCCUAGUGGCAGUGGCUCUUUCACCUCCGAGGAAACUCAGAUUACUCAGCAUCUCUUCCCAUCACUGCAUCGUGUGUGUCUCUCUGUUGCUGGAUCCUGCUCACUAGUGGAUGCGAAACCACUGCUGAGCGCACCAUGUACAUUUCACUGCUCUUCCAGAUGCACCAGGUGACUUAAUAGAAACAAAACCAUGGUGGUUACAAAACCAGUUCAAUCUUUAUUAUCAACUUUUGAGCAUUUCACAAACAACAUUGUAAAUGUGCGAUGUUAUGUUUUAAAUCAGACCACAGUGGUCCCCAAAUAUUAUGUACAUAUGGCAAAUGUCAGUGUAACUUUUCGUUACACCGGCAGUUUCAUAGGUAACCAAACCUAUGCUCCAAUGUCCAAUUGUUUGUGUGUAUAUGUAAAAUGCACAAGCUUUAAGCUGUGUGUGUAUGAAUAUGAAAGAGUAUGCAACCAUACCAAUCGUGAACAAUGGAUUAUAAUUAUUUUUGGUGGUAUUAGGUUAUGUAGUUUCAAACUCUGCUGUGUUUUCUCUUGCCCAUGCCAUUCAUUUGCUGAUUUUUGUGGUGUGAAUAAUUGCUUAUUAAUUUGAGCUCAAAGCACAAGCAUAUCACUGUUUAAUGUUACCCAACGAGAGUUAGUGUUCAGUAAUGACAAGUUCCCAUUUCACCCACUACACUCCUGCUGCAUUAACCAACGACACACGGACGAGGAGAUGCACGCUGACUUCAUCGCUCACCUGGGACACUGCAUGAGCCCCCUGACCUAGAGCUACUCCUAUUAGAUAAGUGAGCAGUACACAUAGGUGCAUGUUCUGAAACACGAAUCACAUAGAGCCGUGGAGUUCUACCAAGUGGUAUGUGUGGUUUUGGUUUUUGUUUUUUGUUUUACUAUGCAAAGAUGGGAAAUGCACAACUUUUCAAAGACUAGUGUCUGGAGAACUUUACAAACAAUACUUGAACCCUUUCUUUCAAGUCAUCCCAUCCUAUUUGGUAGCUGUGGCUUCCAUGGUUGAUUUUCAUUUUUUACACGGUUUGUAAUUUUUUAAGUGCAUCACCUGAAGUUUUGUUUGAAUAAAUUCAUUCAUAAUCUUGUUGGCUGCCCUUGAAUGGAGAUUCAGUACUCACUGUAUGCAUCUUUCAGUCAAGUCUGUAUUAAAACCUUGGUUAAUGUAAAUGCUGUAGCUUUAUACUUUGGUCAUUUUUCAUACCCCCUUUUCUGUGUUUUCUUGUAUUGUUGAAUAAACAGCCAUGUGCCUGAUA